AUGGUAAAUCGACAUAGAGAUUCAGCUUCAGAAUCAGAGACAACUCGCCAGAACAAUAAAGACAAAGAUGGUAAUUCCAGCAAUAUAAAUGGACCAUCAGGUACAUCAACAUCUUCUUCAAAAACAACUCAAAAACAGAAAAAUCAAUUAGCACAACAACAACAACAAAACUUUCUACAAAAACAUAUAAAUUCAAAUGGACCUAGGGACAAGCCUCGAGUUGAUCCUUUAGAUUUUGAAAAAUUUAGUGACAAGACGUUGCUACUUUAUAAAGAUAGAUAUAAUUUUAAUUUAUCACGUCCUGAAUCUUUAAAUUCUGAUAUUUUGAACAGUGAGAUUGGUAAAAAGACGUAUACUAAAAGAAACCAAUUGAAUCAGAGUAGAAUUAACACUAAAAAUAAUAAGAUUAAUAAGAAAGAAUUUGCAAAUCAUGUUAAGAACCAUUUUUUGAGCUUAAAUGCCAAAGAAAAUGAUAUAAUAACUGGAUUCUUGUAUAAAGUUAAACAUCAGGAUAAAGAAUUCAAACUUACUUUUCAAUAG